AUUUAUAAUACUUCACAACGAGACAGAGACGUUUAGGGCAAUAAUGUCAGUCCUGCCUUUCAAUAAAUCGAAAACAAUCGCUUCCUUUCCCUAAACAUCUUAUAAGAUAUGACUAAGCAGUGAUCACAGCAGCUCUAGAUCAGAUUGAGCUAUUGAACAAACGCAUAAGUAUGGCGGACACCAAGCGGAGCUUGCUUUUAAUUAAUAAAAAAUUAUCUGAAAAGUGACUUUAAAAAUAUGAAUACGAAUGGAAGUUGUAAGCAGGGCUACGUCUUUUCUUUUUUUUUUUUUUUAAUUAACAUAAUUAGCGUUUAAUAACAAAUGUUAUUUUUUUAAAGAGUGACACUGAGAGCGAUAAAGAAGAGACCAAACAAAAGCAUUAAGCAGAGAGGAGUUUGGUUAAAUUUUUUCUCAACGUUGUUAAGAAAAUCUUUUUCUUCAAAGUUUCACAUUAAAACUUAAAAGUUCAGUUCGAGUGUAAUGCACAGCACAAGUGCUUAAAGUAAAAAUUUAAUAAGAAAGAAAGAAAGAGUCGUCAAAUAGAUCCGGGCAAACGUUAAUAAUAAAUAAGAAUAGGGAAAAAAUUGGGAGAAACUAUGAAACAAUUAAAUGCGUACGUUGCUAUUGUAGUGAUCUUAAUUAUUGUUGCAAUAUAUUUGGAAUCGACAAAUGCUUUACUCAGACGUUGUUACCAAUGCCGUUCGCGAGGUGAACUGGGCAGCUGUAAAGAUCCAUUUCUAUUCAAUGCCACCGAUGGAGCAAAUGAACCGGGCCUUUCCGCUGUACCAUGCGCCUCAGGUUGGUGCGGCAAGGUCAUAGAAGGCGGCGGUGCUUACGCAGUUGAUGAUUACGAUCAGGCCAUACAACGUAUGUGCGUUCAACGUGGUCCCGAUGACAAUCAGGAUCGUUGCGCGAACACUAUAUACAAUUAUAAAAAAGUGUACAUGUGCUUCUGUCAGGGCGAUUUAUGCAAUGCUGCCGACUCAAUGCCUAAAUUAGGUUUAUUAAUUACCUUGACCCUAACUUUAAUAUUGAAGAUUUUUGUAUAAAUUAACUGAAUUUCAUAUAAAUAUAAAAAGCAGCUUUAAUUGAUUCCC